UGUGGAUUUACAAAGCACUUUUCUCAACAGGAUUAUUAAAUCAGUCAUUUACAACCUGUCAGGCGGACUUGAGGUGCGUGUUCUCUGCGAGGAAUACAGUGGUGUCUUUCCAGUUUGAGGAAUGGGAUUAACGAGAUCGAAGAAAAGUUGGGAUUUGUAGGUCAGGUAAAAUGGAAAGAUAAAGCUCGUCUACAGAGCUCACCAAGGUGGAAGCAGCGGUAAUUCACAACGAAAGGAAAUGCACAGAGCCUGGGUUCUCCUCGUUGUAAUAGAAGAGGGAUUUGCCCUGGCGCAGAAAAUUAAAGAGACGCAGAAUGCGGGUGAAUCUCUGUCUAACGCUGAACAGUGCGGCCAGUGGACCCGGAAUAUCAAUGGAGGCCUGUUUACAUCUCCAAACUAUCCUAACUCCUAUCCGCCCAACAAGGAGUGUGUGUACAUCCUAGAAGCUCUCCCUCGGCAGAGAAUUCAGCUGACCUUUGACAAAACAUACUAUAUCGAGCCCUCCUUCGAGUGCCGCUUCGACCAUAUUGAGAUAAGGGAUGGUCCCUUUGGUUUCUCCCCUCUAAUUGAUCGCUUCUGUGGGCCAAAGAGUCCAGGCGUGGUCACCUCCACGGGCCGCUUCAUGUGGAUUAAAUUCACUAGCGACGAGGAGCUUGAAGGCUUAGGUUUCCGUGUCAAAUACACUUUUAUAGCAGACCCAGAUUUUCAUUUGCACGUCGGUGGAUUGCUAAAUCCAAUUCCAGAUUGCCAGUUUGAGAUUAGUGGUACAGACGGAGUCAUCCGCUCCAGUCAGGUGGAAGAAGAGGAUAGGAUCAAAAAUGGAGAUGCGUUGGACUGCAUCUGGACCAUCCGUGCCCCUCCGCAGUCCAAGAUAUACCUCCGCUUCCUGGAGUACCAGAUGGAGCACUCAAAUGAGUGCAAGAAGAACUUUGUGGCCGUCUAUGAUGGCAGCAGUGCCAUUGAGAACCUGAAAGCGAAGUUCUGCAGCACGGUGGCCAAUGACGUGAUGCUGGAUACCGGCGUGGGCGUUGUGCGCAUGUGGGCCGACGAGAGCAGCAGACUCAGCCGUUUCCGCAUGCUCUUCACCUCAUUUGUAGAUCCUCCAUGCUCCAGCAGCACCUUUUUCUGUCAUAGCAACAUGUGCAUCAACAACUCACUGGUGUGCAACGGCGUCCAGAACUGCGUUUACCCAUGGGAUGAGAACCACUGCAAGGAGAGAAAGUCCAAGGGACUCUUUCACCAAAUCACAAAAGCACACGGCACGGUAAUCGGCAUCUCUGCUGGUGUGGUUCUGGUCUUGCUCAUUAUCUCCAUCCUCGUGCAAAUGAAGCAACCCCGUAAGAAAGUAGUGGCCCGUCGUCCGGCAGUCUUCAACAAAGGCGGCUUCCAGGAGGUAUUUGAUCCCCCCAACUAUGAGCUGUUUUCCCUCCGUGACAAGGAGCUGUCGUCAGACCUGGCCGAGCUGUCGGAUGAGCUGGACGGCUACCAUAAGCUGCGGCGCUCUUCCACCAUGUCCCGGUGCAUCCACGAGCACCACUGUGGCACCCAGGCCUCCUCAGGCAGCAGCACAAAGCAGAGCCGCACCACGCUCAGCUCGAUGGAGCUCUCUUACCACAACGAUUUCUCCAAACCGCCUCCAAUGAAGACCUUUAAUAGCAGCAACACCGGCACCUAUAAGAAGAGCUGCUACGGCUACAAACAGACUCACGACUGCGCCGAGCAGGUGAUCGAGGACCGCGUGAUGGAGGAGAUCCCCUGUGAAAUCUACGUGAGGGGUGGGAGCGUAGGAGGGGCUGCGGGCAGCAUUGGAAGCGGCUGCGGGAGCAUUACCAUCCGAAACCAUGGCAGUGCUCGUAGCAACAACACCACCAACGUGGUGGACCCGGGACAACGCUCCAUAUCCAUGGACUUCUGAGAUGGCGAAGAAAGACGAGGGAGAACGAGAGUCCUGACCACAACUGACUUAGUCCUGCAUUGCUGUUUUUAAUGCAUGGGCUCCAGUGUCAUGUAGACAAGCACGGAUUAGACGGAGUGAACGGACUGUACACGGACAGACAGAGAAGACCACAUAUGGCUGGCUAUUUUAAUCUAUGUACAUUUAAAAUGAAAGAUAAACAGUAUGUAGGUUUUGUGUUGUUGCUUGGCAUUAACUCACAUUUUGCAUCAUUUGAUUCUGUGGAUAACUCAAAUUAUGCUAAAAUAAAGAUGACCUAUUAUGAACUGAAGACAAAACCAUCACCUGCUGUACACUUAAAAGCUGUUUCCACCAAGGAUGAUAACUAUAAAGUUUUAAUAAUAGUUUUAAUGCUAUGAGAACAGUGAAGUCCACACCAAAAGUACAGAUAAAAAUGUCGUAGAAAGUACCUUUUGUAUUUAUAAAAAAAUGGCAAGUUACACUUUGAAUAAAAUGGGUAAUUUUAGUAGAAAGUAGACGGACUGUAAGUAUUUUCUUGUAAAACAUACUUCAAUACAUACACUCUUAAAAAUAGAAGGAUGUUUUUGCAGUGAUGCCAUAGAACAACCAUUUUUGGUUCCUAAAAGA